CGCGCCUAAUUCAGGUUUGUGGCGGAGCAGGUUCGCAGACGCCAGGCGAGGAACUUCUGUUUGUUUUUCGUCUCCGGAAACUUGCCCCUUGUUCCCAGAUAGAAGGUAGCUUCAGGUCCCGAAGGUGGGGCUUUGAAGAAUCCGGUUGUGGGAAUUUGAAACAGUGGGUUUUCUGACGUAUUUGAACGUACCCUGAGUACCUGGAGAAGAACCUUGUCCCGUGACAAUGAGUCCUGCAGAUACACUUGAUGAUGAAAAUACAUUUAAAAUCUUAGUUGCAACUGAUAUUCAUCUUGGAUUUAUGGAAAAAGAUGCAGUCAGAGGAAAUGAUACGUUUGUAACACUUGAUGAAAUUUUAAGGCUUGCCCAGGAAAAUGAAGUGGAUUUUAUUUUGUUAGGUGGUGAUCUUUUUCAUGAAAAUAAACCCUCAAGGAAAACAUUACAUACAUGCCUUGAGUUACUAAGAAAGUAUUGUAUGGGUGACCGUCCUGUACAGUUUGAAAUUAUCAGUGAUCAAUCAGUCAACUUUGGUUUUAGUAAAUUUCCAUGGGUAAACUAUCAAGAUGGCAAUCUCAACAUUUCAAUUCCAGUGUUCAGUAUUCAUGGCAAUCAUGAUGAUCCCACUGGGGCAGAUGCACUCUGUGCACUGGAUAUUUUAAGUUGUGCUGGAUUUAUAAAUCACUUUGGACGUUCAAUGUCUGUGGAGAAGAUAGACAUUAGUCCAGUUUUGCUUCAAAAAGGAACCACAAAAAUUGCUCUAUAUGGUUUGGGGGCCAUUCCAGAUGAAAGGCUGUAUCGAAUGUUUGUCAAUAAAAAAGUGACAAUGUUGAGACCAAAAGAAGACGAGAACUCUUGGUUUAACUUAUUUGUGGUUCAUCAGAACAGGAGUAAACACGGAAGUACUAACUUCAUUCCAGAACAAUUUUUGGAUGACUUCAUUGAUCUUGUUAUCUGGGGCCAUGAACAUGAGUGUAAAAUAGCUCCAACCAAAAAUGAACAGCAACUCUUUUACGUAUCACAGCCUGGAAGUACAGUGGUUACUUCUCUUUCCCCAGGAGAAGCUGUAAAAAAACAUGUUGGUCUGCUGCGUGUGAAAGGGAGGAAGAUGAAUAUGCAGAAAAUCCCACUUCACACGGUGCGGCAGUUCUUUAUGGAAGAUGUUGUCCUGGCUAAUCAUCCCAACAUUUUUAACCCGGAUAACCCUAAAGUAACCCAAGCCAUACAAAGCUUCUGUUUUGAGAAGAUUGAAGAAAUGCUUGAAAAUGCUGAACGAGAACGUCUGGGAAAUUCUCGACAGCCAGAGAAGCCUCUUAUACGACUGCGAGUGGACUAUAGUGGAGGUUUUGAACCUUUCAACGUACAUCGCUUUAGCCAGAAAUUUGUAGAUCGGGUAGCUAAUCCCAAAGAUGUUAUCCAUUUUUUCAGGCACAGAGAACAAAAGGUAAAAACAGAAGAAGAUAUCAACUUUGGAAAGUUUAUCACAAAACCUUCAGAAGGAACAACACUAAGGGUGGAAGACCUUGUAAAACAGUAUUUUCAAACUGCCGAGAAGAAUGUGCAGCUGUCACUGCUAACAGAAAGAGGGAUGGGUGAAGCAGUCCAAGAAUUUGUGGAUAAGGAAGAGAAAGAUGCCAUUGAGGAAUUAGUGAAAUACCAAUUGGAAAAAACACAGCGAUUUCUUAAAGAACGUCAUAUUGAUGCCCUAGAAGAUAAAAUCGACGAAGAGGUGCGUCGUUUCAGAGAAAGCAGACAAAAAAAUACGGACGAAGAAGAUGAUGAAGUUCGAGAGGCUAUAAACAGGGCCAGAGCUCUUAGGUCUCAGUCAGAGGACUUGGCUUCUGCUUUUAGUGCUGAUGACCUCACGAGUAUAGAGUUAGCAGAAGAGAUGGCUAAUGACUCCGAUGACAGCAUCUCAGCAGCAGCCAACAAAGGAAGAGGCCGAGGAAGAGGUCGAAGAGGAGGAAGAGGGCAGAAUUCAGCAUCGAGAGGAGGGUCUCAGAGAGGAAGAGGUACUGGUCUGGAGACUUCUCGAGGCAGGAAUUCAAAGGCUGCGGUGUCAACAUCUAGAAAUAUGUCAAUUAUAGAUGCCUUUAAAUGUACAAGACAGCAGACCUCCCAAAAAGUUGCUACUAAGAAUUAUUCAGAGGUGAUUGAGGUGGAUGAAUCAGAUGUGGAAGAAGAUCUUUUUCCUACCACUUCAAAGACAGAUCAAAGGUGGUCGGCCACAUCAUCCAGCAAACGCAUUUCUCAGAACCAAAUAGCUAAAGGGGUUGAUUUUGAAUCAGAUGAGGGUGAUGAUGAUGAUCCUUUUAUGAAUAUCAGUUCUUUAAGAAGAAACAGAAGAUAAUAUAUUAAAUGGAACUUAAAUUUUGAAAACACAAGAAUAAUCAAAAUGUUGCAGAUUAAGAGUGUACAGUUGAAGAUGUUUAAGUAUUACUGUUAACUGAAAAAAAAGACUUAACAGAGAAACUGAUGUGAAGAAUUUAUAUUUUUGAGUAUCACAUCUUGGACAUGACUCCACUACUUACAAAAUCUCCCAGCUUAAGGACAUAUCCAAUAACACUGGUUGUCCUCAUUAUAAUCUGUUUAUUAUAUUAUGACCUGGGAAUACUCUACAAAAUUUAGACUAUUUGUUUUCCUGGCAUCUACUAGUAUCUUAGGGGAAGAGCUUGGUUUAAAUAUUAUUGAUUAAGGUUAAAAAUAAUAUGCGAUUAUAUAUUAUGCAUCAGUUUCAUGAUCAAAGACUAUAUCAGUAUUUUAAUGUUAUAUUUGGUCAAAUUUGAGAGAAAGUGAUUAUAAAACCUGACCUUGUCAUAAUUUUAAUAAUUUCAUAGAGGUUCUAGAUUUCCUGAAAGUGAAACAGUCUAUAGGGAACUGUGCCUAAGCUCACCUUGUUACUAUGUAUGAGUUUUUUUUCCUAAUGCUCAUUGCACAGUCAUUCACAAACACUUUAAAUGAUUAGAAGUACCUUGUAGUUUGAAUAAUUACAUGUAAGUUUUCAUUUUAAAAAGAAUAGUCUGUUGAAUUACUAAGCCUUUAUUUCAAAAGAUUAUGUUCCCAUUGAGUAGUAGCAAUUUUCUCUGUUAUUCUCCAUCAGUAGUUCCCCCUCUCCCCCAUCUAUUUCUGGGAGGAAAAUAAUUUUUAAAAUUUUAAACUGUAUCUUCUGGAAAAUAUCAGAUAACUUUUUUUAGGGAGUUGGUAAAAUGAACAGUUGAAGCUUGUGGUUAUAUUUAAAGUACUGAAAUAUAACUUCAGUGGAAUACUGUUGCUAGUGUUUCUCAAUAUUUUAUCUUAACUUGGUUCCUAUAAGACAUUUCUGAACAGGCAAUUCCAGAAAUCUUAGUAAGUCAUGUUUAAGUUUAUAUUUUCUUACAUGUUUUAAGGGGGAAGUAAGAUUUUUUUUUUUUUCAGAUUUAAGUUUAAAAAUCCCAUUCUCUUCCUUCACAUUCUGUAAAACAUCCCUGAGAGUAGUCCUUCCUUUAAUCUUAGGAAGCACCUAUAUUUAAAGACUCCUUAAGGCAAUUACAGAUCUUGGCAGAACAGCAGCUGGACAUUGCCUCAUAGGUAGGAACGAAUGCUUCACUGAGAGUAUUCCUGGCCAGUAGAAUAAUCAUCCCUGGAACAUGUCAGAUUGUGAGAGGGAGAACAAUUGGGUAGUUGCUGCCUCUGUGUUAUUCCAACAUGACAUUCUAAUAGGUUUCUUUAAAAGUAUUUUUUUACACUUGAGUGUAAGGAUUACUUUAGCAGGUAGCGUUAACUCAGCUGAAGACACUGUCUUGUAAAACAUUCUCAGACAGCCCACAUCUGUAUUGCACUUUAAAUCUAAUGUUGUCGGUAUUUGCGUGGAGCAGAGAAGAAAUCAGGAGCUAACUCUGCUUCUUAUGAUGGGUUGGGAGGUAGCAGGGCAGGCAGCGCCUGGGCAAUGGGGUAUUACCCCUGCAUGUGGCGUGCUAGCUCUGGCCAAUCUCUGGGGCAGCGUGGCCAGUGGCUCAUCUCCUCCCCAGUUACAUAUGCCGCAGGGAGGGUCAUUGUGAGGCGCUGGUCACUGAAGAUGCUGACAGGUUUCUGGGAAAAAAGAAUAAGAUUUUUUCCCUUCAAAAAAUUUUUGCUCUAGGUUAUGAAGAGAGAUACACAAUGGGCUGCACUUAGCAACUAGAAAAAGUGAGUUACAGAGGAUGAGAAUCUCUUCCAGGUGUACAGGUCAUUUUGCAAAUAAUGUGUCAUUUUGUGAAUAAAGGAAAACCUUUUUUGAGCAAAUAUUGUGGCAUAGUUAAAAAUGCCACAUGGCCUUGAGUUUCUGUAUUGACACAACAGAAUCUAUUGUUAAUGGUUCUUUUUCAGUUUUCAGGCCGUAGAUUUAGGUGGGUUAGAGGCCUUUAGUAUGAUUCCAGAGCACCUGUGGUUGCUCUUGGGGGCUGUGAGAGAGCAGCUAUAACACUGAGGAAAACAUUAGUGUGGAAUCUUCCCCUGCUUACCAAAGAAUGACCUUUCUGGUGUUUUGUUUCCUCACGACAAUAUAACAGUGUAUUUACAAGGGUGAAGAUGCACUGUAGUUCUAGGAAAUAGAAUUGGUGCUUAAAUCCAGCAGUUAGGCCUGUGACCUUUAAUUCAGAUACAUGUAAAAUAUUUUUUCCUAAACUUUUAAGAUUGCAAUAAAGAAGUCACACAAUUUGACAAAUAAUUACAAAGUGAGCCUCUAGUGGGAUCAUGUUACAGGUCAAGAAAUAGAGCAGCUCUGGGACCCUGAAAGCCUACCCGUGCUUUCUCGGGGCCUGACUUGUGUCAUUAAGAAGUUCUUUCUUCUGCCACAAGGUGGUGCUUUCACCACAGAAGCAAUUAGGAUGAUGCAAAGGCAAACCUCAAAUUAAGAAGGUAGUGUAGUUUUGCAGUAAAUGAGAGCCUAUGCAGUUUAGCAUUCUAACCUCUAUGCAGUAAUACCACAGUUAGCCUUUAAUUAUAUAUGCAAGUUGUUUGAUAUAUUUCACCUGAUUCAGCCUCUUACUAUGAAAAAAUGCCAGUUUGCUAAAUUUUACAUACCUAUAAUGGUUCAAGAAGAAAGAAAAUGCUCAAUAUUUUAAUGAAGACAAAAAUUCUUUUUUUUAAAGGUUGAGUAAGAAAAGGUCUCCCAAUGUAAAAUGUUUCUUUUGGAAAUGUACAGUAUUUAAAGGCAAUUUUGCCCCAAAGCAAUCUGAUGUCUUUUUUUUUAAUCUGUCAUGCAUUUGAUUGUUAGUGUUUUGUGGCUUUUUUAUUGAGCUAAUAACCAUUAAGAUGAUUAUAAAUGUUUUACAUAAUAAAGAUUUUGUUAGUUGA